AUGUCACUCGCACCGCCCUUCACCGAGGAGACCGCUCAAACCAAGGUCAAGAAAGCCCAAGAGCUUUGGAACACCCAGUGCCUCAGACCACCUUCUCUUGAAGAUCCCAAAGCCAUCGCCAAAGCAUACACUCCAGACUCAAUCUGGCGCAACCGCCAGUGGUUCUUCAGUGGUACGGACGAGAUUGUAUCUUUCUUGACCUGGAAGUGGCAGAAGGAACACAAUUACAAGUUGCGCAAAGAGUUGUUUGCGUUUUCAGACAACAAGAUUGCUGUGCAGUUCUGGUAUGAAUACCAGGAUCGGCACGACAACAUGAAGUGGAAGCGUUGCUAUGGUUUGGAGGAUUGGACAUUCGCCGAGGAUGGUCGCAUGCGGAAAAGGCAGAUGAGCGGCAACGAUGUCGAGAUUGAAGAGGCAGACCGAUGGUUCAAGGACGAUGUGGACGUCGAUCUUGUCGACAUCUCGGAGAAGCACUGGUGA